AUGGUUGAGUUACGCAAGAGACCCGCUCCACCUCCACCUGCUCCGCCAAAGCAGAAGAAGCAAGCGACCAGCAAGUCCAAGGCCAAGAAGGACGCGCCCAAAGCUGCUGAGCCUGAAGAAGCUCCUGCUGCUGCGCCGGCCGCUGCAGAGACUGCCGCAGAGCCUGAGGCACCCAAAGGUCGCGCUGCCAAAGGUGAUGCUCCCAAAGGUGGUGCUCCCAAGGUCGGCGACAGCAUUGCCCUCGACGGCUUUGGUGGGGAGAUCGAGACGAAUGACGGCGACAAGACCACUCUUGCGAAGCUGGUAGCCGACAGCAAGGCCGGCGUGGUGCUGUUUACUUACCCCAAGGCCAGCACUCCAGGCUGUGAGCAUAAACUCUUCUGAUCCACUUGUACGAAUCACAUUCUGACCCUACCCAAAGGCACGACACAAGCUUGUCUCUUCCGCGACUCCUACGAGCCCCUCACCGCGACAGGUCUGAGCAUCUAUGGCCUCAGCACCGACAGCCCCAAGGCCAACACGACCUUUAAGACGAAGCAGAGCCUGCCAUACCCGCUAUUGUGUGAUCCAUCCGCAACCCUGAUCGCUGCCAUUGGCUUCAAAAAGGCUCCAAAGGGUACGACACGAGGCGUCUUCGUGGUUGACAAGAGCGGGAAAGUGCUUGCUGCUGAGCCGGGCGGUCCUGCGCCUACCGUAGAAGUUGUGAAGAAAGUAGUCGCGUCUAUGGAUGGUGACAGUGCCGCGGACGGCGUUAAGAGAGCCGAGGAGCGUGCAGAAGAGGAUAAAAAGGUCGCAGACACCGCUAGUGAGGUUGCUGAUGCGGCCGGAGAAGUCGAUGGUGCUGCUGCUUGA